GAUGACAUACUGUCAAGUGUCAAAACAUUUUUGUCAAUGUCAGUCUUCUACCUUCCCUUGUUUAUUUCUUAAAAUAUUUUAAAUUAAGCGAAUAAAACUAAAAAUGUCUGGUUCACUAACGGGUAUAACAACCCAUACUAGAAAGGUCCAAAGUUUAUAUAAAAGGGCUCUUCGUAUGUUAGAGAACUGGUACGAUAGAAGAGAAGUAUAUAGGUACCACGCCGUUUUAAUGAGACAAAGAUUUGAUCAAAAUAGAAAUAUUAAAGAUACCAGAUCUGCUAAGGAACUGGUGGCAAAAGGAGAAUCUGAAUUAUUCGAGAAUUCUCAUUGGCAUCCUAGAAAAUUUCCAGAGUCUCCUGGUGGGGUAGCUUAUGGAAGAGAAGUUCAACCCCCCGAUUGGGUUUUAGAUCACUGGGACCCCUUAGAAAAGGCCCAGUAUCCAGAAUAUUUUGCCCGCCGCGAGCAAAGGAAAAAAGAAUUUGUUAAAAUGUGGGAAGACAAAUAUGGAAAAUCAUCAACUUUUACCCCUCAUUAAAUUUUAAUUACUAAUUGUAGAUAAUGAUAUGUAAUAUAUAAUUUCAUCUAGUUUUAUUUUAUUGGAAUAUACAGGAUGGUUCAUUCAUGGGC